AUGUCAGGAACUGCACCUAAUGAUCCUGCCCCUGGCGGUCACUCUCGAGAGUUGAAUCAGACACCCCUUGACUCGAACCAACACGGGCAGACCCAAAACAUCAUCGAUGAGAUAAAGGACACUGGUGGCCGGGUUGUUGAUGCCAAUCUUGGAGCGAGCAUUGAUGCAACGAAGUCAGGGAAUCUCUCCAGCCGCGUCAAUGAUAUUCUGAAUCAACCUACUAAGAGUGGUGAUGGUGGAAAGUUGUCAGCGCAACGCAAGGCAUUGGAGGUUGACGAGAAGGGCUUUAAGGUCGGAGAAGAAGGAGAUUUACAUGAUUUAGCGCACAGCAAACAGCCUUAA